UCCACCUUCCCUGCAUUCAUCGUUUCAAAAUGGAUAUAAAAGGCGAAGUUACAAGAGAGGAUGAGAUAUCGCUGUUCCGAGAGAGCGUAUUGGAAGCAAGAUGGGAAUACGUAGUAAAUGCAUAUAGAAAGGAGAGUGAGUUCCACGAAAUAAGAAUCGACGCAAGCAGAGGCACUGCAUUGCAUGUUGCAGUGAAUGAUGGGGAAGUAGAGCUUGUUAAGAUUCUUGUUGAAGCAAUCUUGAGGCAUGAAGGGAGGGAAGUAGUGAGGGUUGACAGUGCACUGAGAUCAACGAAUGAGAGAGGUGACACUCCUUUGCACCUUGCAGCCUCAAGAGGGUUCAUUGCCAUUUGCAUGUGCAUGAUUGGGGAAAAUGGUGAAAGGAAAGAUUUGAUUAGGGAUAGGAACAAAGAUGGUGAAACACCUCUUUUCAGGGCCGUGCGCACAUGCCAAACACAGACCUUUGUCUACCUUCACAAUGUUUCCAAAGAUUUAGAUGUUAAACAUAGGAACUAUGAUGGACAAACCCUACUUCACUUAGCCAUCUGGGGAGAAUUCUUGGAUUUGGCUAUUAUGAUUGCCCAUUGUUAUCCUCAACUUGUCAACGUGCGAAACAUGUACGGAAAUCUUCCUCUCCAAGUUCUUGCCAGUAGGCCUUCCUCCUUCAAGAGCGGAACUGAUUUUUCCUGGUGUCAGAAAAUUCUAUAUCAUUGUAUGAUUGCAGAACCUCUAGAUGCUGGGAAACAAAUAAAAUCCUACACAGAGAAAAUUGAAAAACAUGAGUUCCGAUUAAGAGUGGUGAUAGAGUCAGAAAAUGAAGCCAAAAAAUCACAGGUUUUCGAGGAAAACAAAAUUGUUGGACGGUUUGUAAAGAGUGUUGUUCGAGUUGCAUUUAAAGGCCUUAGCCUUUCUGGAAUAUUGAGUAUCAUUGCGCAAACAAAGAAGAUAAAGCAGAAGCACAAAUGGGGUGUUCAGCUCUUGAACAUUUUUAUGCAAACACCUAGUGAGUGGUACAUGGGAUUCAGUGGGAGUCAACCAGUCAUUGAAUUUGACAGAGGAGAUACGCAGUUGGUGCAACACUUCAUUACUCAGCAAGAGUUGCAAAUUCUCAAUCAAGAAUUGGAAUCUACAGCAAAAAAAGAGGAAAAGAUGGCUGCAUAUUUGACAGCAGCAAGAAACNGCAUUACAGAAAUUGUGGAUGGACUUCACUCUAAAGUUCCAAGUGUCAUAUAUGAAACUAGCAGUAAAAGAGAAAAUGUAUUGCUUGUGGCAGUGAAGAAUAAGCAAGUAAAUGUUGUUGAGAUGUUACAAAAGAGUUUGAAAAAGGAAAAUUUUGAUAGCUUAAUUUUAGAAACGGAUGACAAAGGGAACACAGUGCUACACUUAGCAGCAGGUACAUCAAGCAACGAAAGAGUUGGUACUACCAUGCAAAUGAUAUGGGAUAUCAAGUGGUAUCAGUACAUCACUGGUCUAGUGCCGAAAGAAUUCAUUUACAGACGUAACAAAGAUGGUAAAACUGCAUGGGAAAUCUAUGAGCUGGAACACUUGAAGAAAGUGAAAGAUUGCUCAGAGGCCCUGAAGGACUUAUCCAAUUCUGGCUCAGUUGUGGCAGCUUUAAUCGCCGGCAUCUCCUUCGCAACAUCGACCACCGUCCCUGGUGGCACCGACGACGGAAAACCUAUCUUAGGUGGCCAACCUGCUUUUGAUGUAUUUGCCACUGCUUCCCUUAUAGGACUUGGCUUCUCCAUCACCGCACUGGUUAUGUUCCUCGCCAUACUCACUUCUCCAAAACAGGUUCAACAUUUCCGCCUCAGCUUGCCCUUGAAGCUUAUCUUUGGCUUAGGUUCUCUUUUUGCAUCCGUUGCUUCAAUGCUCGUUUCCUUUUGGGCUGCACAUUUCUUUGUGCUCAAUGAAAAGUACAAUAUGAUACUCCUCCCUGUUUAUGUUGCCACUUGGUUUCCGAUCACUAUCUAUGCACUGAUGCAAUUUCCAUUUUAUGUUGAGCUUGUGCGAGCUAUUUUCAAGAAGGUGCCACGCCCAUACAGGAAUCCACACUCAUUUGCCAGAUUUGUAACCUAAUCAUGUCUUGUCUUCUACUUUAUUUGUCGAACACAGUCUGCAUAUUUCACAUUUGAUAAGUUUCUUGUAAUGUGUGGUUGGGUUUGAUUAUUUGCCAAUGACACUCAUCUCUUGAUAUAAAUGAGAUGCUCAAUAA